UGUGGAAGGAAGCGGCCUCCCCCGCCGAAUCUUGCAUCUGCGUACUUGGUGUUAUUGUGACCGUAGGGCCGUGGCCCCGGAUGUUGUGGCUGCCGGGGGGAGAUGGCGGAACCUGAGGGGGUGGCCAUGGCCCCAGGCCCAGCAUGUGGGCCGACUUUUAGGGGCCGCCGUGCUAUGUCAGGCUCCUGGGAGCGGGACCAGCAUGUUGAAGCGGUGCAGCGGGUCCUGGUGGAAGUGCUGGGGCCUUACGAGCCUCUGCUGAGCCGGGUGCAGGCAGCCUUGGUGUGGGAGCGGCCAGCUAGGAGCGCCCUGUGGUGCCUGGGGCUGAACGCAGCUUUCUGGUUUUUUGCACUGACAUCCCUUCGUCUUGUGUUUUUACUUGCAUUCAGCUUGAUGAUUGUUGUGUGUAUAGAUCAGUGGAAGAACAAAAUCUGGCCUGAAAUAAAAGUGCCAAGACCCGACGCAUUAGACAAUGAAAGCUGGGGCUUUGUGCACCCUCGGUUGCUCAGCGUGCCCGAGCUCUGCCACCAUGUAGCUGAAGUCUGGGUUAGUGGGACCAUUUUCAUAAGGAAGCUUUUGCUUUUCAAAAAGCAAAACCCAGGCAAGUUCUGCUUGCUGAGCUGUGGCAUACUGACCUUUUUGGCCGUCUUGGGCGGCUACAUCCCUGGGCUCCUGUUAUCUUACUUAAUGUUUGUCACUGUCAUGAUGUGGCCCCUUGCUGUGUACCACCACCUGUGGGAUCGAGCAUAUGUGCGGCUGAAGCCAGCUCUUCAGCGGCUGGACUUCAGCGUCCGCGGCUACAUGAUGUCCAAGCAGAGAGAAAGGCAAUUGCGCCGCAGAGCCCUGCACCCAGAACGUGCAGUGGACAACCAGAGUGACAGCGAAGAGGAGCUUGCCGCCUUCUGUCCUCAGCUCGAUGAUUCUACUGUUGCCAGGGAACUGGCCAUCACAGACUCUGAGCACUCGGAUGCAGAGGUCUCCUGUACAGACAAUGGCACGUUCAAUCUUUCCAGGGGCCAAACACCUCUAACUGAAGGCUCUGAAGAUCUAGAUGGUCACAGUGAUCCAGAGGAAUCCUUUGCCAGAGACCUUCCAGACUUCCCUUCCAUUAAUGUGGAUCCUACUGGCCUGGAUGAUGAAGAUGACACCAGCAUUGGGAUGCCCAGCUUAAUGUACCGUACGCCACCAGGGGCCGAGGGGCCCCAGGCCCCUCCUGCCAGCCGGGAUGAGGCUGCCCUGCCAGCACUUCUGCUUGGCGCCCUGCCUGCAGGAUCCAACCUCACCAGCAACCUUGCCAGCUUGGUCUCCCAGGGCAUGAUCCAGCUGGCCCUGUCAGGGGCCUCCCAGCCAGGCCCUGCUGGCCCUGCUCCCCGAAGAGCAAGAGGCUUCCUCCGGGCCCCCAGUUCAGACCUGGACACUGAUGCUGAGGGGGAUGACUUUGAACUUCUUGACCAGUCGGAGCUGAAUCAGCUGGACCCUGCCAGUUCCAGGAGCCACUGAGGCAGAGACUCCAUUUUUGGGGAGGGGGGGCACUGUGGUUUACGUUUUUUUUUCACCCCAUCCCACUUGAGGUGAAGGGGCGAGGGAAGAAUCCAGGUCCCAUCCCCUGAAUUCUGUUUGUGUGCUGGGUGGCCUGGUUGAUGCUCCAAGGCCUGCUUUGAGAGGAUACUCACACCCCUGCUACCAGCUGGAUACCACAUGAGCUCAGGCACCGAUGUGAGAGUGUGCUCCCCACGGGAGUCCUCUCCAUGAGGGUGGUACUUUUGGGGAACAGAGUAGUCAGGGGUUUGGUUCCCCUUUGAGGGGUGCUGCUGUUUUCCUUCCAGGUAUGGGUGCUCGGGGGCUCUCACUGAGAGAAGAGCCCAUUCUUCCUUUUGCUCAUCACCUCCCUAGAGCUUCCAAAGUCAGGCAGUGGCUGGGAGGGUUACAUUGUCUUCCUCUU